CCUAUUAACGUGUACACUUACCUUACGGUCUAUUUACAUAUUGAUCAGUGUUUAGUAAGAGUUAAUACAUUUGCUGCUUAACGCAAGUGCUAUCUAGAACGUUCGAUGUUCGAAAUGUUAUUGAUAUGUCGUAGUUUUCAAAUCUUUGGUCGAGUUAAAUAAUAACGCCCGUAUUUCAACAACGCUAUACACCAUUUAAUUACUUUUUAUAAAAAAGUAUACUCAUUUUUGAAAUUACAAUAUGACAUUUAGGUUCCUUAAACAUACUUACCCCGAAGUUAACUGAUUCAAUAAAAAAACAGUGUAUUCCCAUCUGUGUCCGCCUGUGUAUGGCGGUGGUCACGUGAGGCGGGCACAGAUGGGAAUACACCAUAAAACACAGUGUAUUGUAAAGAAUCCUUUGUUUUCCAGUGUUGACAGCAUGAACCUUGAAGACCUAGGGCCACUGGGCACCUUCAACAGCCAGGGCAACCUUGUGGUGCUCUCUCCACCAGAUGUCUCGGAGGAGACUUUGGACAUCGCCUAUGCCAUGCCCAGUGUGCCUAGUGUAGAGGACAUGAUGCCGGUGUCGCCGCGCGGCCCGCCGGCGCGCACGCCGUUCCCUGGAGGCCUGAACUUCGUCGUCGAGAUCAAUGCUGCAGACACCAACCGCAAGAAGUACUUGUACUCGCACCAGCUCAACCGCAUCUACGUGGACAUCAAAACCAACUUCCCAGUCCAGUUCCGCUGGGACUUCGAGCGAGCGGGCAGCCCCAUGUUCGUGCGCGCCACCACCGUGUUCUCGGAUGAUGCCCAGUCCGAGAAGAGAGUGGAGAGAUGCCUGCAGCAUACACAUGAGAGCGCUAAUGCUGGCAUAGACCCGACCAUAGUGCAGAACGUGCUCCACUCGUCGGCCGCGCCGGGCACGCAGGGCGUGUACUACUGCGGCGCGGCCUGCCUGCCCGACUCGUGGUACUCCGUGCUGCUGCGCGUCGACGGCCGCCCGCAGGAGCCCUGCUCACACGCCUACCAGUUCGUGUGCAAGAAUUCCUGCUCCAGUGGGAUCAAUAGGCGGUCUAUCGAUAUCAUCUUCACUUUAGAAGAUCACACGGGCCAGGUGUACGGGCGGCAGGCGGUGGGCGCGCGCGUGUGCGCCUGCCCGCGCCGCGACAAGCACAAGGACGAGGGCGGCGCGCGCGCCGCCCGGACAAGCGCCGCGCGCCGCCCCACACCCCGCGCCGCCGCGGGCCAAGAAGGUCAAGGUGGAACCGACGACGACGUGCUGCUGCUGCGCCCGCUACCAAUCGUGGGUCGCCGGACCAUGAUCACCGGUCUUGAAGUCAUGCUGAACAUGAUGGAGGCAGUAGUGGCCAAAACUCCAGAACAUGAAGCCGACAAAUACCAGAGCUCCAUCCGGGCGCUCCGGCUCAAAUCCAGGAGCUCCGGGGGGGCUCACAGGCUGAACCUGAACACACCGGAUGCGUGUGCUUAG